AUGACCACCCUGUCACAGCUGAAUUCGGAAUUUCGUCAAAACACCAAGAAACAUCUCGUGCUUGCGACUCAAGACAAUAUUCCGGGUCUCAUACUUGCUAGCAAUAGGUGGUUGGGUCUCGCUGUGACUUUACCAUCACUUCUAUGCAUCCCGCUUGACCUUGGAAAGCCAUGGAUGGUCGAAUUCAUCAUCAAGCAGCACCCCGAUCUACCGGACGAGGAUGUUGCCCCUGGUUGGGGUUCUCCCUUGAUUUUCGCCAUAACCAAGAACCCUGACUGUCUCAGUGUUCUCCUGAAGCUGGGCGUUGAUCUCAACAAGCUUUCUUCCAUCAAACCUGAGGUUUUCAUUCAUGACGGCUUCUAUGCUCCAAUUUCGUGGGCAGCUGUGAUUGGAAGCGAGGUUGCCAUGGAUUUCUUGCUGUCACAAACAGAGGCCAACCUACCUAAAGACAUCCUGCACAUGGCUGUUUUGACGUUGAUGCAAGACCCAUCACACAAAUCUAUUCGCAAAUUUCAUCAACGCAGUGCGGAUGUCAAUUUCACAGUCGACGGUUCUACCCCUGUCCACGAUUUCCUCUUAGUACACACUAGCGGCAGCGAAUUGCUACCCGUCGUAAAAGCCCUCGUUGAACCGUCUUGUAAUCUUUCUUUGCAGGACUGGACUGCCAGAACAGUACUACACAUUGCUCUUGAUGAAUGUCUGGAAGAUGUUGUCAUAUACCUUCUCAAGCAAAAAGCGGGGCUGUCAGCAACGGCAACUCUCCACUCAGACAUGUGGAGCUGGGCUACAAGCAAGAUGUGGUUUUCCAAGGUUCAAGCAGCGGCUCUUGCUGCUGAUCAACAGUGCGCCAGAAUUGAGGGGAAGGUUGUCGAUGCUGUUCGGGGGUCCAGGAUUGUCGAGUUUUCAUUCGCAGUCACUGCUGACCGCGAUAACCGCAAUCCCAUUCGUGCUGUCGUUGUUUCAGCGAUACUCAAUAGCGAGCUGUCAAGCCCCUGCGGUCCGCUCAAAGUUAGCGCCAACCUUUCAUAUUGCAAUCAGUCACUUCAGAAGAAAGUCAAAGACUCCCCGAAAGAUGAUUCCCCCGGACUCAAAUUUGACUUUGCAUGGCAGCGAAGUGGGCGGCGUGUCUCUAGUCAUUUGUUCGACGAUCAUCAAGGAGAGAAAGUUACCAGGAUGCUACAGCAGUUAACUGAACGUGAAGACUCGACUGGCACCUCCCUUUUUCUUCAGGUGUCCAAGGUCGGGCAGAGCACCGCAGUCUUUGAACGUGUGGUCAAGUUCACACUCGACAUUUACAGAAGUACUUUACCUUAA